GACUAAUCUUAUAGGUCAAAACUUUGAAUUCGGACUUGCCUAUAGGCUGAUGGACUUGUCACAUUUGAACUAAUUUCUUCCGUAUCGGAAACUGAAGACGCAAGACAAGACAAUCUUUAACAAUUGGCAAAGUUGAUGUUGGAGUUUACAAAGGCAUUGAAAAGACAUAUGAAGCUCCUGUCCCCUGCCCACAGGAGCCCCAGAUGAACAUGGAGAGCCUGAGCAAGCCAGAGCUGCUGAUGCUCUUCAGUGUCCUGGAGGGAGAGCUGGAGGCUCGUGACCUGGUCAUCGAGGCCCUCAGGGCCCAGUGCAGAGACACAUAUGUGGAGAAGCGCUAUGGGAAGUACAACCUGAGCGACCCGUUCCUGGCUCUGCAGAGGGACAGUGAGGCGUUGGGGGGGCAGAGCCCUGGGGUCCACCAGGCUUCAGCCUGCUCUAGCCCCCUGGCUGUGCUCAAACAGGUGGUCACCCACUGCAGGAGGAUGCAGGAGAAGAUGCUCGCCCAGCUAGCUGCAGCCGAGAGCAGUCACAAGAGGGUCAUUGCAGAUCUGGAGGAGGAGAGGAGAAGGCAUGCAGAGGACACCGCUGAGGGCGAUGAUGUCACUUGCAUCCUGGAAAAGGAGAGGGAACGCCUCUUGCAACAGCUGGAGUUUGAGCGGGGCCAGGUGCGUCGUCUGGAGAAGGAACAGAAGAGGGUCCUGGAGCAGCUGGAGGAGGAGCGGGUGCAGCACAAGCAGCUCUCCUCUGCCCUGGCCAAGGAGUGCAAGUGGGCCAGCCAGCGGGCCCUGGAGGUGGACCACCGCCUGGCUGAGGCAAACCGUAGGCUGGAGAAGGAGCAGGGGGAGAUCUUGGCCCUGAGGGCUGACCUACAGAAGGAGAGUAGGAGGGCCCUGCAGAUGGAGGCCAGGGUGGAGGAGCGGCUGGCUGAGUUUGACACGGAGAAGGAGCAGCUCCGCUCUCGGCUCAAGAGGGAGGAGGCCCAGUGCUGCCUGCUGCAGGAGCAGGUGGAGGCGCUGAGGAGAGAGCUUCAGGUAGAGAGGGGAGCUGAGGAGGAGGAUGAGAGGAGAGACUCUCCUGUGGAUAUCAGUGGAGGGUCACCACUACUACGACCAACACCACACUCCAGCCAGGAAGAGGGGGGUGAAGAACCUAAAGUCAACGGUCACGACUGCCUCAGGGAGGACGCCCUUCCACACAGACUGGGCCUGGACAACCGGAGUGAGAACAGCAGCCCUGUCCUGCUGUCCCCUGCCCUCCUGAACCAGAGCCUGUCCCCCUGCAGCACGGGGUCCUCCUCCCUCACCUCCUCCCCGUGCUCCUCUCCUCAGCUGGCCAAACAGCUGCCCCUGGCCACCAGUCCCAGCUACCAGUCCUCCUACCAGGCAGGCAUCAACCAGCGCUUCCACGCUGCUCGCCACAAGUUCCAGGGCCACACUGAUCCAGAGCCACAGCAGGAUGGAAGAGGAGGUGGCAGCCUACCCCACUCCCCUAGAGACCUGUCCCCGUCCCCUGAGUGCAUCCCCGUCCCUGUCCCCAGCCCGGCCAAACAUCUGGCCCGCAGCACUGUCACCCACGUCCUGUCCCGCUUCACAGUCCAGCAGGGGGCCAAACCUCCGCCACCCAACAGCUCUCCCUUCGGCACUGACUACCGUAACCUGGCCCUGACCCCCUCCUCCCCGGUCAUCCCCAGGGCCUCUGGUGCUGCUCUGCCUCUGGGGGUCUGCUCCCCAACCAUCCCCCGUGCAGACAGGGGCAACCCGCCCCCCAUCCCCUCUAAGAAGCCUGGCCUGGCCCAGUCUCCAGCGCCAUCCAUCCCUGGUACCAGAGCCAGCCACUUUCCUGAGCUGUCAGGAAGUUGUGGUCUCACCAGCGGCCAGGAGAAUGUUAAAGAGCUGGACAUGGUGGUUUCCUCCGUCAGUUAGCCUAGCCUCCUACUGAGUGCUACUAGCGCUGUGUUCUUUUAUACCGCUCACACGUUCGUGUGCUGAGGCACGCUGCAAAACACUGUCAAGUUAACUGUAUUUAUUUUAUUUUUGACAUGCAUUCUGCUUCAUUCUUCUUGUAGCACAAUAUAUGUAUUUGUAUUUAUGCAUUUUGGGUUUGUUGAUAAUAUAAUAUAAGGAGAAUAAGCAGUAAUGAAGAGUAAUGGGCCAACAUGCAUGUUAGUUGCUGGGUACUUUUCAAAAGUUUGCUAAGAAAAGCAUGUAAUGUCAUGGGACAAUCAAAUGUCGCUACUUAUAAUGCGGCUUUUGAAUUUGAGCUUGGAAAUAAGCAUUUCUCUAAAUCAAGAUUGGGAUUUAGCCUAAUACUGAACAAAAUAAGAGAGCUUAUCUUAAACUGCAGAGUUUAAUACUGAACCAAGGCCGCUUGCAAACACAUUAGUAUAAUGUUAUAUUUCCUAAAAUGGCACAUGAUUAUAACAUUCCAUAUCUUCAAGGCUUAAUAAGUUGGCAGUAUUCUGUGUAUAUGCAGUAUUCUGUGUAUGUGCAGAAUUCUGUGUAUAUGCAGUAUUAUUAAUACUACUAUGUAUUAUGUGUAGUGUAACUACUAUGAAAAUAUAUUAUAUUUGCUCUCAUACCAAUCGUUUGGUCAAACAUUUAGAAUGUAUAUUUUUACAUGAGCACAAUAUAUCUCUUUUACACCAUUGGUUUGUCAUAUACAGUUGAAGUCGGAAGUUUACAUACACUUAGGUUGGAGUCAUUCAAACUUGUUUUUCAACCACUCCACAAAUUUCUUGUUAACAAACUAUAGUUUUGGCA